UGUCAUGAGAGGAACAGGAGUGUGUGGGCAGACAAGGGGUCGGGGAAACGGACGGGCACACACAUGCCCCUCCCCCCAGCAAAGAACCCAGGUGUCCGGGCUGGGGGAUGGGGGCAGCCGCGCCCGCCCCUUCUUGGCUGGCUCAUUAUGCAAGCACCGCCCCGUUAAGUGACGUUAUGGGACAGCGGCGCUGGGCACGCCGGGAGUUGUAGUCCCAUGGAGAGGGCGGCAGGACUCUAGUUCCCGGCAUGCCCCGCGCGGGAGGGGGCGGGGCGGGGCCGGCCUGGCCCUUUAAAGGCCCGUGUGGACUCGGCGCGGCCGGCCUCCAGAUGCUUCGGGGCAGAGACGCGGGGCAAUAGCCAGUGCCCCCCCCAACCCCCCAGCUCCCCCCUGCCGGCCCUCCCAUGACCGCCUGGAUCAUCCUUCCCAUCAGCCUCUCUGCCUUCUCCAUCACCGGCAUCUGGAUUGUGUAUGCCAUGGCCGUCAUGAAUCACCACGUGUGCCCUGUCGAGAACUGGUCUUACAAUGAAUCAUGCCCCACGGAGCCAGCUCAGCCGGGGACCCCCAAGACCUGCUGCACCCUAGAAGACAUCCCCCUGAUCAGCAAGUGCGGCACAUAUCCCCCCGAGAGCUGCCUCUUCAGCCUCAUAGGCAACGUUGGCGCCUUCAUGGUGGUGGUGAUCUGUGUCCUGCGCUACGGGCAGCUGCUGGAGCAGAGCCAGCGCUCCUGGAUCAACACCACUGCCCUUGUCACAGGCUGUACUAAUGCUGCCGGCCUUGUCAUGGUGGGCAACUUCCAGGUGGACCAUGCUAAGUCACUGCACUACAUCGGGGCUGGCAUCGCCUUCCCGGCAGGGCUGCUCUUUGUGUGCCUGCAGUGCGUGCUCACCUACCACAUGGCUGCCUCUGCCCUGGACCUGGGGGUUGCCCAUGCCCGUGCUGCCCUCACCGCCCUUGCCUUAGUCACCCUUGUCCUCAGCGGGGCCUUCUUCAUCCACGAGAGCCCGGUGCUGCAGCACGUGGCAGCACUGUGCGAGUGGGCCUUUGUCCUGGCUAUCCUCAUCUUCUACGGCACGCUAAGCUAUGAAUUCGGGGCCGUGAGCAGUGAGACGCUGGUGGCCGCCUUGCAGGGGGCUCACGCUCGUGGCUGCAAGUCCCCCGGCAGCAGCAGUACCUCCACCCACCUCAACUGCAACCCCGAAAGCAUUGCCAUGAUCUGAGGGUGGGGCGGGGCUUGGCCUUGCCCCCGAGUGCCCUGGCCAUGCCCCAUUGCAAUAGCCCUGCCCCCUACCACUUUAGCUCCACCCCUACCCCACCCCGGUUUUUUUGUUCUUUUGUACCAAAAAAGGGUCAUUUUUAAAGAGACCCAGCAGUAUUAUGGAAUGCCCAGCCCCCUCCCUUGUCAUGCCAGCUUCAUGCCACCAGUGCCAACAUGCUCCUAGGUCCUUUGGGGCUGGGAGGGAUAGAGAUGAGCAUGGCUGGGGGUGGGGACCAUGCCAGCCAGGCAGUAGGGUGCAGUACCCUCCCUCCCUGAUCUCACAUGAGGGGCUGAUUCCCUCCUGGAGGCGCUUUUCCCCAGCUCCAGCUGCCGUCCAGCCCACAGUCACGGGGUAGGGGCUGCCCACCCCCUGCCAAAGGGUCUGGAGCGGGGUCCGGGGUCCUGGGGAUUUUUUUAGUCCUUUUUUUAUAUCUCUAUUGAACGUGUAUAAAGAAACUCAGAUUGGCA